UUUAACCAACUUCCUUACGAAUAUACGCAGAUAAGAUAAUACAUCGACGGAAUCCCUGAACAAGUGCGCGAGGAUCUCGUUAAAAGCGGCGAUAUGAGUGUUUUCGACAACGAAAUCGACCAGAGAGAGAAUGGCGCAGGAGCCAUGCUGCCGACCCUGAUGACCCUCUUAGGGGCGAUUCUUGUCUCGGCGAACAUCGCGACCAACGGAGCCAGUAACGGGAAUGCGACGCUUCCAGGACUUCUGUAUCCUCGGGAGAGCGAGUCUCGACAGAUUGUAUCGCUGAACGGGAUGUGGGAUUUCGUGGUUUCGCCUGCCUCCGACCCGGAUCAGGGGUUCAGGGAGGGCUGGUACAAGACGGACCUGAACAAGGUCGGCAAGCCGAUAAAAAUGCCGGUACCGUCGUCCUACAACGACGUAACUACUUCAAGCAAGCUGAGGGACCACGUCGGCGUCGUCUGGUACCAAAGAACCUUCUACGCUCCCUCAUUAUGGGCCGAGAUGCGAAGCUUCGUGUGGUUCGGUUCAGUGGACUACAUCGCACAUGUGUGGAUAAACGGGAAACUCGUCACGAGUCACGAGCUUGGACACUUGCCAUUCGAGGGUGAAAUUGGUGAGGUGCUGAACCUCGGAGCGAGGAACUACAUCACUGUAGCCAUCGACAACAGGCUCCUGCCAACCACCGUACCGCAGGGUGAGAUAAAAAAGAUAGAAACAGACGAGGGCGAGAUCUUGCAGCAGCAGUACACCUUCGACUUCUUCCACUACUCGGGGAUACACAGGCCAGUGAUUCUCUACACAAAGCCGAAAGUCUACAUCUCGGACAUUUCCGUGCACACAAGCAUCGACGGAAGCGAUGGGACGGUGGAUUACGUGGUGGAAGCUCGUGGUCUGAAUCAAACCGAAGUUCCGAAUUUCAAGGUGAGUUUAACUGACGCGGACGGUAUUGUAGUCGCAAAAGGAUCGGGCAACGGAAUAUCGGGGAAGCUCCACGUACCUUCCGCGAAGCUUUGGUGGGGCAAGGAUAUGGGACCCGAGCCUGGGUACCUCUACACUCUGGAGGUGCGAGUCUCGGUGUCGAAUACACCCGGGGAGGACGUUUACCGGCUUCCAGUCGGCAUCAGGACAGUGUCCUGGACCAACACCAGCCUCCUUCUGAACGGCAAGCCCGUCUACUUCCGCGGGUUCGGUCGCCACGAAGACUCCAUCAUCAGAGGACGUGCUCUUGACCUUCCAACCAUGACCAGAGACUACGAACUCCUUGAAUGGGUCGGUGCAAACGGAUACAGGACAAGCCACUAUCCUUACAGCGAGGAAGUUCUCGACGAGGCAGACAGGCAAGGUUACCUUAUAAUCGACGAAUGUCCGGCAGUAAAUACCGAAAACUUUUCAACGCCACUGUUGGAUCUCCACAAACGAUCGCUGUCGGAACUCAUUAGACGGGACAAAAACCGCCCCUCGGUUGUCAUGUGGUCCAUUGCGAACGAGCCAUUUUCCCAGUACGAUGCUGCCUCGGAUUACUUCCGGCAAGUAGCCGAGCAUACACGAUCUCUGGAUCUCACAAGACCCAUCACAAUCGCUAUGAUACAGACUGUCGAGACAGACAAGACGGCUCAAUAUUUGGACAUAAUAAGUUUCAACCGGUACAAUGCAUGGUACACUAAUGCGGGAAAUUUGGACGUGAUAGACAUUCUGGUCGAAGCCGAGGUUACUGCGUGGAACGAGAAACACAACAAGCCUAUCAUGAUGACUGAAUACGGAGCAGACACAAUGCCCGGUCUUCACGAGUUACCAUCGUACGUAUGGAGCGAAGAAUAUCAGACGGAGUUAAUGUCGAAGCACUUCAAGGCGUUUGAUCGUCUGAAAAAGAAGGGAUUCUUCAUCGGGGAGUUUAUAUGGAAUUUUGCUGAUUUCAAAACAUCACAGAACGUACUUAGAGUCGGUGGCAACAAAAAGGGAAUAUUUACGAGAGAGAGGCAACCAAAACAAGUUGCGCAUCUCGUACGCCAAAGGUACUUUUCCCUGGCAGCUGAACAGUAUGGCGUCUCGGUUCCUGAGGACUUGGUAUCAUACGUAUCUUCGACGUAUGCAAGCCGGUCAGAACUUUAA